UCACUGUGCACUAUCAGCCAUCAGCUGAGAAGUAGGAGUUGAAACCCUCCCUCACCCUGAGUGGUUGGCGGCACCACUUCACAGAAUUGGUAGUGGUUGGACGUCUGGGGCUUCUUAUCCACCCCACCGUACACCAGGCUUGGUAUUUUGGGUUGUCUCCAUAAAAUGUCAUAGUGUGUUAAUAUGAAUGUUUGAUGAAGUUUCCUAAAUAAUUUGUGACUGAGGCUCACAAAGUUUGCAUUUGUGCUUGAAAGGAAAGGACAGGACAGGACAAGAAAGGACUUGCUGCAAAAUGGGGGCCAGGCUGCCACGGAAAGGACGCGCUGCAAAAUGGGGGCCAGGCUACCACCAUUGACUGCUCACUGUUGUCAUUUUUGCUCCCCUACAAUGGAAACAUAACGGUCAGUGGAAACGAACAACAUGACGGAUGCAGACGUGUCUUCGCCAAGUGGCGGUUACGACGCAGAGCAGUUUGUGGACCCUCCAGACUACGAUCUCAUCUGCACCAUAUGCCAGGGGGUCCUGCGGUGCCCCGUUCGAGCGGCGUGCCACCACAUCUUCUGCAAGAAGUGCAUUUUACAGUGGCUUAAGAGACAGGAGACUUGCCCCUGCUGCCGAAAGCCAAUUAACGCGUGCAUGAUCUUUGUCAUGUUCAAACUCAGCAAGACGAUAGGACGCAUGAAGAUAAAGUGUAAGAAUGAGAUCCGUGGUUGCGCGGAGACAUUCGCCCUCUCGGAGCAGUAUUGCCACAGCCUGAGCUGCUUGUUCGAGCUGGUCUCCUGCCCGUACCCAGGGUGCCGGGCGCAGCUCCUCCGGCGCGACCUAGAGACCCACGCUCGCCACUGCGAGCACUGGCGCCAGCCCUGCCACAUGGGCUGCGGCACCAUGCUCUCCCACCGCACGCGGACUCAGCACAACUGCUACAUGCAGCUCAAGCUGCACUACCAAGACAAGAGCAGAAACCACGGGGCCAUCGCCGUCGCCCUGCAGAGGAAGAUGAGGAGGAUGCAGAACACCAUGACGCACAUGAUGAGGCAAAUCGGGCUGAUAUGUGAGAGUCUGCAGGCGAUGGAUGAGCUGCACAAGGUGGAGGAGGACUUGGGAGAGGGCAGCUCCAGAUCCACGGGGAGCAGAUUUACCAGCGACGGCUGACAGUUGAAGGAAGAAUGUCUUUAUUUCAUAGGUGUUGUGUGUUGGAAUAUGCAGAUAGGUUUAUCACACAUGAAAGUGAGUGAAUGUGGGACAUUGUUGUGCUCUUUUUCAUAUUUAUUUUGUAAAUAAAACUAGGAUUACCAAACGUAA